AUGAGCAGUAGACACACUGGCAUGGAUCAACAAGCUUUCUGGAAACAUGCAGUCAAGGCCAUGGUGACUGCCUCAGAUGAUACUGAUUCUGACCUUGUGAAAAUGCUCCCUUUGCAGGCUGUACCUUCCACAUUAUUAUCAUCACCAUCAUGUGCCUUGAUACCACUAUCCAACUCAGAAUCAUUCCCACCCUCCCUGGCGAAACAGCCACCCACUAUAUCCAUUGCCAUUCUUCCCAAGCCAGUGCUUGUUGCACACAAAAAGGCCAACCCUGUCCCCAGGCCUAAACCUGUUCCAAAGGCCAAACCAGUACCCAAGACAUGGUCCAACACUUGCAGUUCUGCACAUCUCUCUGCUGGUGCUAUCCAGGUUGAAGAACCCAUGAACAAGGCGGGUGAUACUGCUAUUGUGGAUGUGAAUGCUCCCACACCUCCAAAGAAAAAGCCCAUGCCCUGUCAUAGUAAAAAGGCUGCCUAG